GCUGCACAACUCUCAGGGCCUCGCCGCCGCAAAGAACACACCUACUCCGUAGGAGGGAACGUGCUCGACGAAUUGCCGCACCCAUGCUGACGCCGCUGUGCGCGCUGCUCCGGCGCCGGCGGCCGCCGAUCCCCGCCGCCGCCGCCGCAGCAGCGACCUUCUUUACGAGCUCUGGAGGCGCCCGUAUAGUGCUCCCCCCUCCUCCUGCGCCGGCGGAGCCCCGCGACGAGCCGGAACAGGAGGGCGGCUCGCUGGCGCAGCGGGUGGAGCGGUCGGCGUCGGUGUGCGCCGCGAUCCGGGGGUGGAUGGCCGACGGCCGCGCUGUGCACCGCGGACACAUCUUCCACGCCGUCAACCGCCUCCGCCGCCGCAGCCUCCACCGCACCGCCCUCCAGGUCAUGGAGUGGAUCAUGAGAGAGAGGCCUUACAAGCUUAGUGAGCUAGAUUACUCAUAUCUUCUGGAGUUCACAGCUAAAGUUCAUGGCAUUUCUGAAGCUGAGAGCCUCUUCCUUCGCAUACCUCAGGAAUACCAGAACGAGCUGCUCUACAACAAUCUUGUUAUGGCUUGUUUGGAUUUGGGCCUGAUUAAGCUUGCAUAUGGUUACAAGAGGAAGAUGAGGGAAUUGUCCUUGCCGAUUUCACCGUAUGUUUACAACCGACUGAUCAUCCUCCAUUCUUCUCCGGGGCGUCAGAAAACUAUUUCCAAGAUACUCACCCAGAUGAAAGCCGAUGGUGUGACCCCUCACACGUCGACCUACAACAUCCUACUGAAGAUAAAGGCCUAUGAACACAACAUUGAUGGAGUUGCAAGGGUUUUCAAUGAUAUGAAAAGAGAAAAAAUCGAGCCAAAUGAGAUCACAUAUGGCAUUCUAGCAAUUGCACAUGCUGUUGCAAGGCUGUAUACUGUUUCUCAGACAUAUGUAGAAGCGAUCGAGAACUCUAUGACUGGAACUAAUUGGUCUACAUUGGAAAUUCUGCUUAUCUUGUAUGGAUACCAUCGGAAGGAAAAGGAGCUAAAGAUGACAUGGGACCUCAUGCAAGGUCUCCCUCAUAUUCGACACAAAAGCUUUAUCUUAGCGAUUGAAGCAUUUGGGAAGGUUGGUUCAAUUGAUCAGGCAGAAGAGAUAUGGGGAAAGAUUAAAUCAACAAGGAAGCUCAAGCUUACAGAACAGUUCAAUUCCAUUUUAUCAGUUUAUUGUAGGCAUGGUAUCGUGGAUAAAGCUUCGGCUGUGUUCAAAGAAAUGAGAGCAAAUGGUUGCCAACCAAAUGCCAUUACAUACCGCCACUUGGCGCUGGGCUGCUUGAAAGCAGGUAUUGUUAAAGAAGCUCUGAAGACAAUGGAAAUAGCAAAGAAAGAAGUUGUCAGCAGGAAGGUGAAAAAUUCAACACCAUGGUUGGAGACAACACAUAUGUUGCUUGAAAACUUUGCAGAAAAUGGUGACUUGUUAAAUGCAAAGAGAGUCUUUAGCGAACUGAAUGAAUCAAAGUACUGUAGGAAUUCAUUUGUGUAUAAUAGCCUUCUUAAAGCUUAUGUGAAGGCAAAAGUAUAUGAACCAGAUUUGUUAAGAGCAAUGAUUUUGAGAGGAGUAAUGCCAGAUGCUGAAACAUACAGCCUUGCGGGUUUGAUAGAGCAGUUCAAGACAUAAUAACUAUGUACAUAACUGGGAAGG